UACCACAAGCGGUAACCCCGAGCUACACUCGGGCUUACCAUGCGGAGUUGCUCAAGGAGUCCCUGCAGCACUUACCUUGUCCUUCGCUCCCACGAUGUGUCCCCUGCAGCAUCCCCCCCUGGCCAUCUCCUCCGGCCGAUGCCGGCAUCCGGUUUCCGUGUUCCGGUCCCUGUGACGUCGGGACGUACGGGCGCCGGAACCGGUGGCACAUUUGAAAUUUUUAAAAAAUUUCAUUUUUUAAAAAAUUAUUAUUACAUAUGGUUUGUCCUGUGCCCUGCCUGCAUUUUGACUGUUCUUUCU